AAAAGAAAAAGAAAAGGACGCGAGAGCGAAGGAAGCGAAGCGGCGAGAAAAUCGAAGAGGGGGAAGAAGAGAGAACUAAUUCGCAGCUAUAUAUAUGUAUUAAAUAUAUGUAAUCGUAAUUUCCGAUCCACUUUCCUUCCGCUCGAGCGGCCUCGACGACACAAGGAACUCGUAUCAAACCGCUGCGGACUUCCUCUGAUUUUUCCAAGUCUUUGGAUUUUGACUAGGGUUAGGGUUUUCCUUCGGCACGACUGCUUGAGGGCCUACGUGCCGUUGCGGGAUGGCGGACGGUAGGAUGAAGGCUGUCGCUGAUGAUGAUGAAAGAAGGGAUGGGGACGAUGAGGUCGGGCGGCAGGAUGAUGACGAGGCUGAAGAAUUUGAGGAGCUGGAGCUUGGACUUUCUCUGGGGCGUUGGGGAUGGAAUUCAGGGCUGACGAAUGGUGGCAGGGAUGAUGGCGGAGAGCGCGAUUGUGUCCUUCCGGUGGAGAGGGGCAUCGGGUGCUCAUGGUUUUAUGAGAGACAGUCAGCUACCAGGCAUUUCAUCGCAAGACAAACAAAUUUGAGGACAUGGGGGGAGGAACUGGUGGGUGCAGUAGCUAUGCCUCAGGAAAGAGAUGUUAGCCUGCCAGAUGAGGCAUUUUUCGAGAUGGAGAGAACUGGAUCAGAUAUAGACAGGGAUACUCAGCACAAGCGGCCUAAAGUAUUUGCUUCCCUGGAGUUUCCAUCUUCCUCAGAUGCUGAAGUAGCUGGUCAACCUGCAGUUGUCGAUUUUAUGUCUCAAAAUUCAUCAGCAUUGUCUGAAAAUGAGGUGGCAUACUAUUUGAACCUUUUUCCUAAUGAUGAUGCUGUUGGAAGGACUAGUGACUUUAAUAACGGGGGAAGUUCUUAUGAAGAUAUGUCAAGUAUGAGAAACACUGAAGAUCUAGAAAUUAGGAUGGAUCUUUCAGAUGAUCUAUUGCACCUGAUUUUCUCUUUUCUGGGCCAAAAAGAUUUAUGUAGAGCGGGAGCAACCUGCAAGCAAUGGUUAGUGGCUAGCACACAUGAGGACUUUUGGAGAUGUUUGGAGUUCACGAGCACAGCAAUCUCCCCGCAGAACUUUAUUGCCAUAUGUCGCCGAUACCCAAAUGCCAUGGCGUUGACCAUGGCUGACAUUCUGAAUUCCAAUGCGCUUGUCAUUGAAGCAAUGGCUUCACUCAGGCAUCUUGGAACUUUGAUCUUAAAAAAGGGUCAGUUUGGUGAUCGGUUUUUCCAUGCCUUGACGGAUUGUCCUGCAUUAACCAAAUUGAGAAUUCACGAUGCAUCUCUUGGCAAUAACAUUCAGGAGAUCACUGUAUAUCAUGAUAGGUUACAUGACCUUCAAUUUGAGAAAUGUCGGGUUUUCCGGAUUUCUAUCAGAUGCCCUCAGCUUCAAAUAUUGUCUCUCAAGCGCACCAGCAUGGCACAUGUUUCACUUAGUUGCCCACAGUUACGUGAACUUGAUUUAACAGCCUGCCAUAAGCUUUCUGAUGCUGCGAUUCGAUCAGCUGUUACAACAUGCCCCUUGUUGGGAUCAUUAAAUAUGUCAUCUUGCUCAUGUGUUACGGAUGAAACACUACGUGAAAUCGCUUUUGCUUGUCCAAACCUGUGCAUUCUUGAUGCUUCAUAUUGUCCAAAUGUCUCAUUUGAGUCUGUAAGAUUGCCAAUGUUGAUAGACUUAAAACUUGAUAGCUGUGAGGGAAUAACCUCAACAUCUAUGUCUGCAUUAUCGUAUAGCCACAUGCUGGAGGCAUUACUGCUUGAUAACUGUGGCCUUCUGACGUCUGUCUCACUGGAUCUGCCACAUUUGCAGUCUAUUAGUCUUGUACACUUGCGCAAAUUUGUUGAUUUGAAUCUGCGGAGUCCUGUGCUUCAAUCUGUAAAAGUUUCUAGAUGUUCGGCUCUUCACCGAAUUAGUAUUACAUCAAGAGCAAUUGACAAAUUAGUAUUGCAAAAGCAAGAAAGUUUGGCUACAUUAUCAUUGCAAUGCCACAACUUGCAAGAGGUGGACCUUAGUGAUUGUGAAUCUUUAAUGAAUUCUGUUUGUGAGGUGUUUAGUGACGGAGGUGGUUGCCCAAUGCUCAGGUCAUUGGUUCUUGACAAUUGCGAGAGGAUAAGUGAUGUUGGACUGAACAAUAGUUCUCUAUUGACUCUGUCUCUUGCUGGUUGCCAUGCUAUGACUAAUCUUGAUCUAUCAUGUCCAAAGCUUCAAAAAGUAAAUCUUGAUGGUUGUGAUCAUCUUGAGAGAGCUUCAUUUUGUCCAGUGGGUCUGGAGUCCCUUAAUCUGGGGAUCUGUCCAAAGCUAAAUGUUCUUGUUAUCAAAGCUCCAAAAAUGUCACUGUUGGAACUUAAAGGUUGUGGUGUUCUGUCUCAAGCAUCAAUUCAUUGCCCUUCUUUGACAUCAUUGGAUGCUUCCUUCUGCAGACAAUUCAUGGAUGAAUCAUUGUCUACAACAGCGGCUUCAUGCCCUCAUAUUGAAUCUUUGAUCCUGUCAUCAUGCCUAUCCAUUGGACCUGUCGGGCUAUCUUCUUUGCACUGGCUUCAUCAUUUGACCCUGCUUGAUUUAUCUUACACAUUUCUGAUGAAUUUACAACCGGUUUUUGAUACUUGUUCACGGUUAGUGAUCUUAAAACUUUCAGCUUGCAAGUUUCUUACAGAUUCUUCCCUGUAUGCUCUUUAUAAAAAAGGCGCACUUCCUACCCUUCGCGAGUUAGACUUGUCAUAUUCAUCUAUUGGACAGUCUGCUAUAACAGAGCUUCUUGCUUACUGCACAAAUUUGGUUCAUGUGAACCUGAAUGGUUGUGUGAAUAUGGUUGAACUUGUUUGGCGUUCAAGGCACAAUUCAUCUAAUAUGGCAGUUGAUACCUUCUCAUCCAAUUCGAUAUCAGUUCAAAAUGACGGGGAGGGUUUUAAGAAGCCGGAACAUUUGCUUGAGUUUCUUAGUUGUACUGGAUGCCCAAGAAUAAAGAGAGUUUAUGUUCCUUCUACAGCUAAUUGUUCCCAUUUAUCUAAAAUAAAUCUUAACCUAUGCACAUAUUUGAAGGAGGUGGAUUUAUCAUGCACCAACCUCAGCAUACUGAAUUUGAGUUACUGCAGCUCCUUGGAAAUCUUGAAGCUCAAUUGUCCAAGGCUAAACAACCUACAGCUUCUGGCUUGCAGCAUGCUGGUAGAGGAAGAAUUAGAAGCUGCUAUAUCACACUGCAGCAUGUUGGAAAUCCUCAACAUCCACUCCUGCCCAAAGAUAUACAUCGAGGAUUUCGAGAGGUUAAGAAUUGUCUGUCCGAGUCUCAAACGAAUCCAUUGCAGCCCAUUGAUGUAGCACAUGUCCCCACUUCAACAGCCAAGUUAUAUAUAUAUCUACCUUCAGAUCCUAUUACGCUAAGCGGACUCCUCGUACUUUUUAAGGAUUUUGGUGCUCUUUUUGUACAAAAAAACCCAAAUUUUCUCCUCCUUCAGGAUUGUGGUAAUGCACCCGCCGGGGACUGGCGUUGACACAUUGAACCAACACGUGCAGCAUUUUUGUGUGUUAUGUUUUGUUAAUAUUAAUAUUUGUGAUCGGACGAGCUUGGACUGUGUAUGAAUUGUUGCCCAUUCGGUUUUAUUAAUGUCGGUUUUGGUAUUA